UUGGUUAGCAGGGCUGUUCUUGCGUAUCUGGACUUCACAUCAUAUCUUUGUUAAACACUUGAACUCUAAUUUUGUGUCUUGCUGGUGCGUUUGGUGAGAGUAUAGUUCCCGUUUAUUUUGCAUGGUUUCGUUUUAUAAUGAGUUCUGUUCAGCCACUGCGGGUCUAUACAUGCCUUCCCGUGUGCAUCGUGGAGGACCACCACGAUGUGGUGUGCCAUAUAUAUCGUGCCAUUGCAUCAAGACAUCUACCCAUGAAGAACAUCAAGCUUGUUCAUUUAGACUCCCAUCCAGACCUGCUAAUUCCUGUCAACUUGUGUGCUGACACAGUUUUUGAAAAGGAAAAGUUGUUUAGUGAGUUGAGUAUAGAAAACUGGAUCAUGCCCAUGGUUUAUGCUGGCCACGUCUCUUGUGUGGCAUGGUUGCAUCCUUACUGGGCGCAGCAAAUCAUAGAAGGGGAGCACAGGAUGACUGUAGGCAAAGACUCAUCCACCACCACCAUCAGGGUGACAAGUAAAGAUCAUUAUUUCCUCAGUGAUGGCUUGUAUGUUUCAGAGGAACAUCUUGAAAACCCAAAACCUCUUCUAUUACAUGUGAUCAAAGUCAACCCUAUCAAUCGUCAGGAGUCUUUUACAGAAAUGAAAACUGGGGAGGACUCUGAGACAUGGCUUGCCAAGAAACCCAGAAGAGAAUGUUCACAAGCUGGGGAGCCCAGUUGCUCUCAGCCUCUUUCAAGAACAACUGAUGUGCUACAGCUGGCAGAGGCCAGGUCUGUUAUUAAAGAUUCUAGACAAGAUGAACAGAGCUCCAGUGUAAAACGGGAUUACAAUGGUGAAGAUGAAGAAGGAUCCACAAGUUACGUUGUUCAGAGGAUAUCAACUUUUCUGAGUCAGACAGAGCCAUACAUCCUGGAUAUUGAUUUGGAUUUCUUUUCCUGUAAGAAUCCGUUCAAGGAGUUAUAUACUGAGGAGGAAUAUGCCAUCCUUCAGGAACUCUACUGCUUCAGAGGACCUGUUCCUAAUGCUAACGAGGACGAGCUUGAUGAGUGUGUGGAUCGUCGUAUACGUCAGUUAGAGGACUUAGAAGCAGCAUUCGCUGAUCUGCUAGAAGAUGAUCGAGAAGAGAUUGUUACACAUUGGGUCAGGAAACUUGGAAAGGCUUGUUUUGUUCACCUGGUUUCCAGUUUGAAGUCAAGAAAUCCUCACCCAGAUUAUGAAAUGGUACAUCAGGCAGGUUUAACCUGUGACUCAAUCGAGUUGCCUCAUCAUAUUAGCUCUGAUGAAGAGAUUGACAGACUUAUGUCAGCUGUACAACGGCUUCUGGAGCACCUGCCCAAACCUACUCUGGUGACGAUGUCCAGAUCCAGUCUAGAUGAAUACUGUCCUGUAGAGCAAGUGGAUUCAGUCCAACACAGAGUACUGGCUGUACUAGAAAAGCAGUAUGGACCAUUGGACAUACAAAAGGACUAUGAAAAUACUAACACGGAGGUUCAGGCCCACCAACAUACAUCCAGGACUCCCAAUAAGUGAUCUAAAUGUUGUUGUGACAAGCGCUCUCUGCAUGUAAAUGUCUAUUUUCUUUUUUGUCUGCAUGUUUAUAUAGUAUUCAUGCCAAAACUGGUAAAAAUAACAUGCAUUUUUUUUCUUGUAGCAUACAAGUUUUAUUACUGUAUGUGAGUGGCCUCGCUGAAGCUCAAAAACAAAAGAAAAAUAAAACAGAGCACUUAUAUUAUUUGAAGUUAAUAUCAUCUAUAAGAGCAAGAUCAACCAUAUCUGAAGUAAGCUAAGAUGGACAAAGUCUGGGAGAAACAAACGGAAAAUUUGACAAGUUGAUUUGUUGUAGUCCAUGCAUCUCCUUCUACCCCAAAACAAAGGAGUCCUCAUAUCCAUACAUAGAGCAGUUGUGGCUGCAAGCACUUAUGCAGCACCAAUCCUUGGCCGAACCAGAACUGGAGAUUGAUUUUCCAGGUUGCUGAUGUGUUGGGCUAAGAUGAUACAGGCAACCUCUCACAACUGCACCAAGCUCAGGCCGAGUAAUUUACCUCAAUGCCAAAGUGUGAAAAUGAGUCUUAAUUCGGGAUUUAAACUUUUCUACUGAGGUAGCACCUCUAAUAUCCACGAGUAGGGCAUUCCAGAGUACUGGAGCCUGAAAAAAAAUGCUCUGCAGACUUCUUACUGGCUCUUGGAGUCACCAAAAGACCAGCGUUUUGCAAGCAUAGUGUAGUGACUGAUUAAAGUAUGAUUUUUACACCACUUUUAUGGCAAAAUUUGUAGACUAAAUCCAAGUCGAUGGGCGUAGUCUUGUCCGGUCCUACCGUCCUCUUGGACAACCUUUGACUCCCACCUCUUCUGCUCUCCUUCGUGUCUGGCUCUCGUUUUAACCUCAGCACGGCUCGACCGUGCCUACGCCCCUCCCCUUUCUUUUGUUCAAACACACGGCUUUCAAGACCCAGUGACUGUUUUUUUUUUUUUGUCAAUGUCUUUAUGUCUCAAAAGUGUUCUGUCAAUUGCCUGUCUGUUGUCGUACUAGAAUGGCUCCAAUUACUGGAGACAAAUUCCUUGUGUGUUUUUGGACAUACUUGGCAAAUAAAGAUGCUUCUGAUUCUCCCAA